CCGCCGUUCCGUUCCGAACCGAAAGAGAGGAGCAUCUCUGAAGUUGCACUUCACAGUUACCCAACGGAUGUUCUGUAAAAGAACUGUUCUGUUGGCUUUAAAUCUGGAGUUUCAGAUUUUGUGGCUAAGUGGUAAGCAACCACACAUAAUUAUAUAAAUAUUCAGCUUCCAAGUAACAAAAGAAAGUUGCCACGUAGUGGAAGGGAUAUUCCAAACUUAUGCUGGAAAGGGUGAUUGUCUUGUUUUGCUACCUGAAAGCGUUUUUCCGAAUUAGGUCUUGGUCAACCUAAGAUUGGAGUAGCUCUCGAUUCAGCCUUGAAAGCGAUCCAUUACGAGUUAUCCUCAUUUUCCUUGUUUCUUUGUUUGUUUAAACGAGAAAGGUCCAAGGGCCUAUUUUCAUUACACCCCCAAUCCAACCCUAGGAAUGAAAAGGAAAUCAAGUGUUUGUUUUUAGCCACUGAACUUGGAUAAUAAACCGCCGUAAACAGAACCCGUAAACAGAACCAAAUUUGAGGCCACUCCAGUGAGUUUUAAAUUCACAGUUUAUACUGUAUGUCAUUUAUCGAGCAGGAGAGGAGGAAAGUGAAGUUUCACAGGCACUGUUAAGAAACUGACCGCAAAAGCAACGGUGACAGAGUUCUUAAGGACAAGCUUCUUCGUCCGCGAUAACCUGCCUGAAACGCCCCGUCAGAUUGUUUUUCAUGGUCGCUUUUUGUUCUUCCAUUUCCAAGCCGAUAUCAGUGACUACAGAUCUCUCUUCGUGUGAAAAUCUUCUCAAUGUAGAUUGUUUCUCCAGUCAGAUAUUGUGUGCUUGCGUCAGAAAUCCAAAGACCAAACGAGAAGCGUACUUUGCCAAUAGGAGAAAUAUUUUGUUGAGGAAUAGUUUCACCUCCACCUUCGGAAUGUGGGAGUGAUAGGGAGAAGGAGUGAAAUUCGCCCCCAUAGGUACAACUUGAGAGAUAUUCUACAAGUUAAAAAUACCAUCGAACCAAUAGGAAGAACAUAUGGGCGAACAAUCAAGGAUCGAUGUUUAGCCAUGUUUUCAGUUUCAGCAUUAAAGGAAGAACCUCAGUGACUGAUUUCUUGCUCUUUACGCAGCAAAGCGUCUCAGUUGCGCACGUGCGGCUUUUAACAAAAUGUUACCAAGAAAUAAUAUUUCAGUUUUCAAGUUUGAGCAUUGACAUAUUUGAUAACUUUCGCCAGAAGAAAAUCUCUGUUCAAAUCUGUGGACAAAAACAUUGAGAAAGAUGUUAUGUUCAACAUAUAACGAGCCGUGGGUCAAGUGGGAGUGUUUUUGUCUAAACAUUGUUUCAAAAUGUUCUUGACGUGUCACGGUUCCCUACGUACAUAGCAGUGCAAUUGUUUUCAUUUUAUAUUUGUAUUUUAAGGGGACCUUUUUGUCCCCUGGCUAAAUUGCCUUCGUUAUUUGCGAUGGCGAGUGACACAAAAAAUGAAAACAAGCCUUUCAGUUUCCGCAUGAAAAGGGAAAAGUCCCAGCAUGAACUCUUGUCCACUUGCACGAAUUCUUGGAACCUGGGGAUUCCCCGUAAACAUCUUUCAGUUUCGGAAGAAGGCUGCUACAAUUUGCGGCAGACGGAAGACUUAAACUAGCCUUCCAUCGAAAGAGAGACGUUCCUUUCAGUCAGGAAACAUGGCAACGCACAGAAACGCGCAGAACAUGGCAAUUCCACUCUGUCUACCUAACAACUGCCAGUGGAGUGCAGCAACGGGCGAGUACAUUAAAACAGGAGAAAGGCGUUCCUCACUCUAUGUCGUUGAUGAAGCACUUCAGAAACUUCGUACUGUCAGAGGUCCGGUGUGUGUGGUAUCAAUUGCUGGGCCAUACAGAAAAGGAAAAUCUUACGUUUUAAGCGAAGCUUUUGGGCAAUCAGAGGUUUUUCCUCUGGGACAUCAUUUUGAUCCAGAAACCAUGGGAAUCUGGAUGUGGGUUGUGCCGCAAAAAAUUCGGGACUCAAACGGCCAGGAGUGUACUGUGGUUUUACUAGAUUCAGAGGGCAUUGAUGCCGUGAGAGGAGAAGGUUUAGACGACAAUCAAAUCUUCACGCUCUCCGUUUUGCUGGCCUCUGUGUUGAUUUACAAUUCAGCAGGAGUUCCCACAAGACACGAUCUUAAUGGAUUGGAUUUUAUUGUAAAGUUAUCUCAGCGAAUAAAGCUUCGCUCGAACAAUGGGGAAGGGAGCAUGCGUGGUCAGCGAGAAGACACGGAGUUCUUCCAUAAAACCUUUCCAUUCUUUAUCUGGCUUCUCAGGGAUGUAACUCAAUCCAUUCCACCUGACUGCAAGGACAUUAAGGAGUACUUCUUGACAAGGGUGUUUAAAGAUCAAGGUUUGUCACGUGUGGAUCAGAACCAGGAAGUAGCGGAAAGCAUUUUGCGUUUCUUUCCUGGCUUUCUCGCCUUUAAACUUCCUCCACCCACAGUUAAUGAAGAAGUGCUGAAAAACAUCAACAGGAACAAAAGUCAGAUCAACCCUGAAUUUCUCUCUGGAAUAGAGAAAUUUAAGGAAUUACUACGAAGCAUACUGAUUCCUAAACACAGCUUUAACGAUGGAGAAAUAGUCACUGGUGAAGGCCUGGCUGCCCUGGUUCAGCUGUAUGUGGAAGCUAUCAACACUCCUGGUGUGAUUCCUAAUGUCCAGACAGCUUGGGAAACGUUUGUGGUGACAAAAUGUUCUGAGGCUGCGAACGCCGCGCUCAAGGCUUAUGAGGCCAUCAUGACGUCAAGGCUAGCAGGUCAGCUGCCUUGUGAUAACGAGGAAAUUCGAAACAGUCAUGAGGCUGCCCUUGAGCAAGGUAUAGCUCAACUGGAAGCAGAGACGAUAGGGAUAUCUGCUGUUACGACUGAAAAGUAUCUGCGAGAACUGACGGAAGCUCUUGACAAAAAGUUGGCCUCGUGGCAGAGUGAAAAUGAAAGGCUAACAAGGGAAUCCUGCACCAGUCUCCUGAAACAGCUUAAGAAGGAACACCUAGACCCAGUCCUUACUCAGCUACAUGGAGAGGGAGGUGCCAAAGUAAUGUUCGAAGACAUUGUUGCUGGAUACAACAAAAUUGAACACGACUACAAAGCUCGCGCCACCGGCGCUAAAGAUGUUUGUGCUGCUGUGUUCUUUGAAUUUCAUCCGGAACUAAUGAAAGAAAUGCAGCAAUACUUGGGUGUGCUGCGACAGUUGAAAGAUUUCGACGAAAACCUAAGCAGAGAAAUUGCAGCCAAAGCCUACCAAGAGCAAGAAAGAAUCAAGCUUGAGGAGGAAUACGCUCGUUUACAACAAGAAAACCGUGAGCGGCAAAUGGAAAUGGAAAUGUUGCAAACAAAGCAACAAGAAGAAACAAAGAGACUCCGCGAACAGAUGGAAGCGGAGGCCAAGGCUCAACGAGAUCAAAUGGACAACAUGAUGAAAGCGAGCAUGAAGCAGGCUGAAGAAGACAGGCGAGCUUUUAUGCAAGAAAAUCAGGCAUUAAACCAACGACUUGUGGAGAUGCAGAAAUCCAAUGAAGGAAUGCAACAAAUGAUGGAGAAUUUAAAACAACAACUGCAGCAGAAUCAGAGCAGACAGCAGGAGGUUAAAAAGCCAGGAUUCCUUGAUAAAGCGCUGCAAGUCAUACCAGUUUUGGCGGGAGUUGCUACUAACCUACCAAAGUGUAGCGUUAUGUAAUUAAAACCCUUAUUAAAUUGUCUAUUAGCUUAAAAGUAAAUUUAAUCCGGUUUGGCCUGAACCUCAGUUUUGCUGGUUUCACGUAUUUUGUAACUUCAAUUCUUGAAAUGCGCAUUUGUCACUGAUUACAAGUACAGUGGUGCACACCGCAGGCUUUUGAUUCUUUAGUUACUAUGUACUGUAGUAUAACUGACGUGAAUAUUAUCUUUAAGAAACUGAUUAAACACUAUAAAUGCAUUUAAAUAACAGUUGAUGGAUUAUUUUUCUACAAAUUACGUUGCCAAGCUUUGCCAGCUUACGCUUCGGUUAAUGUGGAGUAGCGCGAAAACGGCGAGAAAAAAGGAGAGUUUUCUUCUCUCUUUUUUUUUGCGGGUGGUCUCAAACUUAACGUCUGAAAGAUACCAUUCGUUCGAGUCCAUUAUCCUAACAGAGAUGUGACCGUUGUGUGUCUCUUCUCUGCAGUAGCUUAAAGGGGUUUUCUCGGGCGGGAAAAUCCGCUGAACGAUAUGAGUUCAGGGGCAGGGUUACAUGGAGCGACUGCGCCCGAUCGAUCCAUUCGACUUUGCGCCCGCACUCACUUCGCACAACGGAUUUAUAUAACGAACGUGCAAACCUCUGUGGGGGAGAGAGCCGUUGUGUUACGUCUUAGAGAAGAGACUUAACCCUUAAGGUUUCUCUUUCCCACAGGUUCGUAAAUGUUUACUUACGGCUCCCCGACACUGAAAAAUACAGGUUGUGAUCGAUGCUAGGGAAGUAAAAUAUAUGCAACUAGUUCGUUCUUGCUCACAAAAACUACAUGUAGACAUGCAAGAGGUCCUUGGCUUUUCUGUUCUGAAGAAUUCCUAGCAAAGAAAAGACUUUUGCAGCAUACAAAAACAGAGAAAACGCGCGGCUGAGGGCUUUCCAAAAUUUCCAAACGCACUUGAGAGUUUUAAUCAGACAGUAUAAACAUGGAUGGCGACCAGUACAGUUUUAGUGUCAUUGAUUAAAGACCUCAGAAACUAAGGUCACACAUAAACAUCGUCCUCUCAUCCCGGGUUUGAUACAAAAUACUCUUCUACGGAAACUUUUGCAAUCUUUGCUGUAUCGGUCACAACAUUUUCACAAUUUCGCUAUAUUCACAUCUUGUAUGCGUAGGAAGUGAAGCGCACUGCUCAAAACAGGGUCUGGUGGCGGGCACUAGUGGACGACCUAUGUUCCAUCAGGAACAAAGAAGAUUGAGUGAGUGAAUGAUGCGUAGAUUUGGAAACUUCAGUUUUGACCAAGUUGGAAAAAAGCACUCCGCUCGGCAGUGUUAUUUGGUCAUGUUCCUAAUAUGUUCUUUAUUUCCACGUUCUUGCAUAAGAGUGACAACAUUUUCCGUUCUUUUGUAUCUUAUAAAUAUAAUACGAGUGACUGUUUAAGUCAUUGACGUUUCCACACCUAUUUUGACUUUACUAAAAAUCUCACAAGAGUUUCGCUAAUUCUAUAAUUAAGCAAUAAAGGAUUUUUCCGUGUUUACAUAGCCUCGUCUCAACGCGAGGGGGGUUGGGAGAAUUGAAGACAGUUAUGGAUAACUUUCGAGAAUUCUCCAAAUCCCCGAGUAUUUAGUAUUUAGUAUGUUUACAUACAUAUGUAAACAUAUUCUUAUCUAUCUCGUUGAUACCCACGGGGGAGGGGGGGGAACUCCCAUAUUGAAAGGGGGGUGCUCGUCGUACCUUCUAGGGUUUUCAGCCUGAGAAAGUCGAUAGCAGUAGUUUCUGCGGUACUUUUUAGGGUGUUCAGCCGAGAACAUAUGAUAGGAGAUACUGUGUUGUUUUAGAAUUGGUACCUGUUUAGGGUGAAAAACAUUUCAAGCCACGCCCACAAAACAGGAACUUGGUACCUCUUAGGGUUCUUUUCAAAAUUUCCAACCAGCACACCCGUCCUUGUUUAAUAUGGGAGUUUCCCCGGGCAUGAAACCCUUGCUCUCUUUCAGAAAUAUGAAAUAUGAUUUUCCAUGCGUUGUGCUUUAAGAUCUAGUCUCGGGAGCAGGCGAUUGAUACGUCCAGCGGUAUCAAAGAGGAAGUAAUAAGGCUAACUGUACACAUACUUGAAGACCACAAACCUAAUUUUUGAUGCAAAAAGAGUAGAACUAAUUGGACUAUUUGAAUAUGGACAAAAUUGUAUCCUUUUAUGAAGAAUUACAGCGGAAUUUGCGCGUUAUUUUCUUGUUAUAAACGUCAGGCCGAAAAAUUAACCGUCAACCGUCAAAGGACCUAACAUGUAACCAUCAAAACGGCUUAUUUUUAACCGUCAGCCGUCAAAGGUCCCCCCUCUCCAUUGAGACCUCUCAAUCCCCCGCUUAUUACACCGCGCUUGUCAACAUCACGAGUGAAUAAAAAUAACAAAUGACUUCUUUCUUAAAGUCCGGCAUGCGUAAUUCCAAACAAAGUGCACAAUACUUUUUCACCCAAAACUAGCUCAAAAUCAUACAUGAAUAGCAUGUACUGAAUAGCUUUGUGAGAACUUUUUCCCCUCCCACCCUGGGUCAAUAAUAAAUAAGGAAUGUUUUUUCCCGAAAUGGUGUCGCAUUUUCUAGUUUCCAUACUAAUUAAUGUGUCAGAUGCUUGAGCUGAGGUAGAGCCCUCUAUCAAUGGGGUACACCUACCUAAAAGAAUUACAAAACCAACGAAUAUUUUUUUAUAUAAAAGUUGCUCCAUUAACAAAUUUAACAAAAUAUAAAAGCAUUUAAAAGCUAACUAAUUAUUACACAGAUUGUAACCCCAGCAUCUCUCACACAGUAGAAUUUUCAGAUUGAUCUUAGGUUAGACUAUUCCCAGUCCCCUAUUUUGCCGUGGGAUCGUAGAUGUUGAUCGUCGAGACAGGCCGCCAUUUUGGUCUCUUGAUGCGAGUGAAACUGGGGAGUGUAGAAAAUGCCCGUGGGUAGAGGCGGUGGAGUGAAUAGCCUGGGGGUGGAGGGGCGUAAAAUAAGGAGACUGUAACAGCUUUCCUCCGUCUCAUGUCAGCGGCGUUAGUCGCUCCAGCAACGGCAACACCUGAUUGGUCGAAGGAACAAUAGAGUUCAUCAGAGCGUAGCAGAGCGUUGACAAGUGACAUUCAUCACUUCGCGGCUCAGGCCAAAAUGGCAUCGAUUUUAGAGGAAACUUCCAGGGAAUGUUUUGAUUUUGAUCGUCUUUCUGAUUUUUGUCUUCGAGGGUUGGUGUUAAAGCGCGAGCAAAAAGAGGCUGUUUCUUAUUUACUCGAAGGAAAAAAUGUUUUGGGGAUUAUUCCAAAUCGUUUUGGAAAAAGUGUAAACUAUCAAAGUUUCGUUUUGUCGAAGGAAAUGGAUGAAAGCUCCGUUGGUUGUUCUUCCUGCCAUGUAAUUGUGCCGCUAUGCAGCAUCAUCUAGAAUCACAUCAACUCAAAUUAAACAAGUUCGAUCUUGAAGUGAAAGGCUUCUCAUGAGACAGAAUGAAACUGAUAUUACACUCCCAGUAUGUGUUUUUGUUUUGUUUUGUUUUGUUUUGUUUUUUUUCGCCUGCCGUGAUCUCCACUACCCCUAACCGCGGGCAUUUUGUACUCUCCUCAGUUUCGUUCGCAUCAAGAGACCAAGAUGGCGGCCCGUCGAACUCAACCAUCGCCAUCUACGAUCUCACGGAAAAAUAGGGGACUGCGAUUACAUAUGUUCGCUUUGAAAAUGUUGAAGGGAGGGUUUUGCGGCUCGGCGCAUGUUAAUCAUUCAAUUUCAUUGUUUAAAAAACAAUCGGAAGCCUGCUGAUUACUCUCGAGGGAAUUUUGCCUUUGAAAAUUUCUUGGUCAGUUGCCAAAACGUGACGGUAUAGGAGAGAUUUCUCAGUAGCAUCCUUUCCUAUGUUCUGACUCCAUGAUUAUUUAUAUUUUCGUUUCGUAUCAACGUGUAUUUCAGUAAUUUCAGACUAUAGUUUUGUGAAAGCAAAAUGAUAGCCUUUUGUAUUCAUACGGUUGCAUAAAGAAUUACUGAUGCCCAAAAUUCACGGAAGAUGUCAACGGGUGAACACAGAAAAUAUAGAAUUCAGUUUUGAACAUUGAAUUUGUUAUCUGGCCCGACUCUUUUAUUCUAGACCAGACGCACGAGUUAUCUGUUCGCAUCUGAUUAGUUUAUAAACAAUAAAAUUGAGUAGGCUACCGUGACACAUUGAAAGUAUCCUUUAGCUCAGGUAGCCGCCCUUAAUUUGUCGGGGACACUGUUUCUUUCGUACCAAUAAUUUUAUCACAAAAUGUAACUACACAUUUUUUAUUCAUGUUUAUUUACCGCUGGCUAAAAGUAACAUUAACAUAUGUUUAUCAACGUAGGUUUAAAAGACGCACUAAGGCCCUGUUCACACUACGCUGAAGAAAUUUGAAAACGCAGCUUUAUUUCUACGGUUAGGCCUACCAUCCACACUAAUCCGUCACGAAAACG